AUGCCUCCAUUAGGCUCCGAUCGACUUGAUGGCGCUGCCAAGCUGUCAUCGGCAACGCGCAUGAUCAACAACGCAGACAGCGAAGUGGAGCCAGAAACAGCUUCAACUAAAGUAGCCUGCUUCAGCGUCGCGAUCCACCCAAAGCAUUGGACGCUCUGUGGGCAGCAAUCUCCCGGUGGCGACCAAUUGCAACAACAAUCAAGCGGCGUGAUUGCCAUUCCAUGUCGUCGCCCCGGCCACAGUUGCGGACUUCACAGCUCGACUGUCCAGUGGUGA